GGGCAUAUUAAAAUUUGGGAGCUGAAAUUGUGGCAUAAGCAUAGCUGGCAAAUACAACAUGCAGCCCAGGCCCAGGCCCAGUACAGUACACCAAAUUCAAUUUCUUUUUUUCCCUUUCUCUAAUACACACUAGCUCCUCCUUCUCUUCUCUCUCUCCCUUUUCUUUUGUUUCUUUCUUCUUCAACAUCCACUGCACAAUUGCCACAUGAAUCAUUAGUUAGGGUUUAUUCUCCAAGAAAAGCAAUGAGUGCGUCCAGGUUCAUCAAGUGUGUCACUGUGGGUGACGGUGCCGUUGGCAAGACUUGCAUGCUCAUCUCCUACACCAGCAACACUUUUCCUACGGACUACGUGCCAACUGUCUUUGACAAUUUCAGUGCAAAUGUAGUUGUGGAUGGAAGCACUGUGAAUCUUGGGUUGUGGGAUACUGCUGGCCAAGAAGAUUACAAUAGAUUAAGACCCUUAAGCUAUCGUGGAGCAGAUGUAUUCCUGCUUGCUUUCUCUCUCAUAAGCAGGGCUAGCUAUGAAAAUGUUGCCAAGAAAUGGAUUCCUGAGUUGAGGCAUUAUGCUCCUGGUGUUCCAAUUAUUCUUGUUGGAACAAAACUUGAUCUUCGGGAUGAUAAGCAGUUCUUUCAAGACCAUCCUGGUGCAGUGCCUAUCACCACAGCACAGGGUGAGGAGCUGAGAAAGCUUAUCGGUGCUCCAGUUUACAUUGAAUGUAGUUCAAAAACGCAACAGAAUGUGAAGGCUGUUUUUGAUGCGGCCAUCAAGGUAGUUCUCCAGCCCCCAAAACAGAAGAAAAAGAAGAGAAAGGGGCAAAAGGCCUGUUCCAUUUUGUGAUCUUCAGUUCUUAAUAUAGUAGUUCGUGGAGGAUGACAUGACCGUAGUCUUCACCAUUCUAUAUCUUAUACUAUUUCCAACCUAGAUGAAGGAAUCACCAUGUCCAACUGAUUGGUGUGCACACAACUUGCGUUUCUGCUGUAGGAUCUGUACAGUCGUAAUUUCAAUAUGUUUGGUGUGCACACAACUUGCGUUUCUGCUGGCCGUUUACCUGCUAUAUUGAUUAUUAAAUGGCCAUUUCCACCAGUGGACACGGGUUGUAUUCAUGUUGUAAUCUAAUCUAGGAAGUGCUUGCAUAUGUGGCUUUGGAUGUGAACCAAGUAUAUGUAAUUAAUUAUGUUAGCUGCUUUUAACAGCUUGGAUAUAUAGAUGGUUUGAUUAAGGUUUCAUUCUUCCAUUUGUUUA